AUGACCACAACGGCCAGCCGGUGGGCCACCGGGAUAGAGGCAUCGGCAGCUAUCCGUAAUACCAAGACCACCGCCCUCACCGCCGCCGCCGCCUACGCGCUGCUUUUCGCGCCCCUCGCCUCGUCCCAGCAAACAUUCCCCUACGUCCCAACGACCGUUCUACUCUCUUCUUCAUUGCCGGGCUCGCCGGCGAACAGCAGCGGCGGCGAUGGCCUCGCCUAUAUCUUUCACCACAGCGGCAGCGGGGUCGAGCUGCUGUCCGUAAACAUCUCCGCGACGGUCUCCGGCGCUGCGAGCCUCCAAACGAUCUCAACGAGCUUGCCGUUCCUCGAUGGCGCGACAGACACGACGGCAUUUCUGCCCACAAUGGCGACCAACGGGUCCAUCAUAGUCCAGGCGGGGGAUUGCAUGUCGGCUGAGGGCUACGACGUCUGGACGUACACACCACCGGCGUCCGGGGCUGCGGCCAGUUCAUCGUCGUGGUACAAGACGGAAGCAACAUUGCCGAGCACUGCGGACUCGGACGCCGGGCCGUAUGCCCUCGGCGCCGCCAUCAGCUUCUCGGCGACCCUUGCGCCGACAUUGUCGGAGCCCGUGCUGUACUCCUACGGCGGCAUGUGCCUCGCCCCGACGACGAACGAGUCCACAUGGCAAGCGAACGCGACGUAUACGAAAUCGAUGCUUCGGGUGGCCACUUCGGACUCGGGCGCGCCGGCGUACACGGCAGACUUCAUUUCCGGAAAAGGCCCCGCGUUCCCUGAGGCGGGCUUUUCGUUCACGCCGCUCAGCCCCUCGAUAUCGAACCGCUCCGGCCUCGUCACGCAGCAGAACCGCUAUGUCUUGCUGGGCGGCCACACGCAGCAGGCCUUCAUCAACAUGAGCUCCGCCGCUAUCUGGAGCCUGCCCGAGGAGUCGUGGAACUUUGCGACUGUCGGUGCCCCGCGCGUCGGCAGCAGCGAGCUUGCCGUCAAGGACGUCGAGAAGCGCGGGGGCGCAGACGCCGUCGAGAGUCGAUCGGGGCACACGGCGGUGCUGAACGAGGAUGGCACUGCGCUCAUUAUUCUCGGAGGCUGGGUCGGCAGCGUAUCGCAGCCCGCGUCUCCGCAGUUGGCGCUUCUAAAGAUGGGGGAUACGUACGGCGACUGGACGUGGUCGAUUCCUUCGCAGCAACCUGAUGGCGGGAUCUACGGCCACGGAGCAGCGAUAUUACCUGGAAACGUGAUGAUGGUGUAUGGAGGGUACGAAAUCACGAGUUCGGGUUCCAAAGCGAAGAGGCAGUCGAGUGGGACAGGGUUGAGGUUCCUCAACAUGACUUCCAUGUCGUGGACCUCGAGCUAUUCGAACCCCAACCAUGACAGUUCUUCAGACGCAUCUGGUAACAAGUCUGGCGAAAAUAACAAUAUUAAGAACAUUGGGCUCGGCGUGGGCUUGGGCGUAGGACUCGCCGCCGUAUUGGGCGCGUUUGUCGUUUACUUCUGUUACAAGAGACACUUGCGGAAGAAGAAGGAAGCCAGGGACGAGACGGUGCGGUCGUUGGCGCAAGAUGCGUCGCGAUUCCUGCACCCGGACGACGACAUGAUGGAGCGCGACGACGGGUCCAUGUUCCCCUGGACAGGCCACGCUUGGUACACGGGUGGGCCAGAUCCCUACGACUCCAUUGAUCGAUCACUCGGAUACGAAUCGUUGAGGUCGGGUCGGAAUCCGGGAGGCCAGGGCACAUAUCAACCGCCCGGGCUCCUUAUCCCCCGCAAACCGAUUCCUCGCGCGGCUAGGGGCGCGUACCAACCAGCCGCAAACCUCACUACACCGGGCCACAUCCACCCGAUUUACGAGGCCGACGAAGACGAUCCCGAGCACGGCAGCAAUGCGAGGGCUUCGCGAUACAGAGACCAGGAACCCGGCACACCAACGACUCCCGGAUACGCCGAUCCGUUCAUGACGCCGACGAGUUCCGUCCCCGUACUGAACCCCGGAAGCCGCAACUCCAUGACCCCCAGUCCCGAGGCGCUUCUGAGACGGGACCCGGAGGUGCAGGACUGGCAAUCUGACGUCGAUGCCGCCGAAGCGCUCCUCGCGCGCAUGCCGUCACGGCGCAACAGCCGCGUCUCGCCCACGCGCCGCGAGUCGAUGCGCUCGGCACGUUCCGUGGCCGACGACGAGCGGACAGCGAGCAACGUUUCGGAAUCCGCGCGGAGCGCCAUCAGUGUGCCGACGCGCCAGGCGUCCACGCGGCGCACAAGCCCUGGGCCCAAUAAUCUAACCAUCAUCACCGACAACCGCCUGGGCACCUCGUCGUCGAGCAGCAGCAGCGGGCACACGUACUCGACGGCCAAGACCACCUUCAACGCCCUCCAAGCCGAGGGUCCGUCCUUGCUACUCCAAGGCAAGCGGCCGGUCAACGAGCACGCGGAUGACGACGAGGAGGACUUUGUCCACAUGCCGAGCAGCCCCAGCAAACACAAGCCGCGGAGGUCGCUGGGGUGGCUGGGCAGCCUUAGAAGAGUCUUUAGUAGCAACGUCAAUGAAUCGUCGGACUCUAGCAACCACGAGAGCCCACGGCGUCUGUCCCUGGACCAGGUCAGCUCGGACUACGAGCCGCGCCUGAUCGGGCUGUCGGGGAUUGGCGGCGCCGAGCUCCUGCGCAGGAAGCAGGGCCGGCACGACUGGGACGUUGACCAGAAGUCGCUCGACGAGUGGGACAUUGAGAAGGCGAUCGAGCAGCGGCUGGUGCAGGUCAUGUUCACCGUGCCCAAGGAGAGGCUGCGGGUCGUCAACGCCGAGGUGGAGCGGGAGGAGGAGGUCAUCCUUGUGGACCCGGACAAGGACGAGAUGGAGGGGUUGGAUCGGUCCGACGCGGACCUCGAGAAGAGGGCGUUGGAGGAGGAGUACAGGAAUAAAGGCAAGGGCAAGGCGCCCGCUGUCGAUGACGACGCGCCGAGGGAACGACGUAGACCGGAAUCGCCCGGGGACGGAUCGCCCGUCCGCGGCAGGCGGCUAGUCCACCUCCCGCCACCGAGAGACGACGGCACGGGCCACCUACACCCGCUGCCCAGCAGGGAGGAUUCUGCGGAGCCACGGCCGUCGCUGACGCUGCGCACGGCUGAGGUCGUGAGCGUGGCGCGGCCGAAAACGAGGGUCCUCAAGAUGGUGGAGAGCUUCGAGUCGCGCAGCAGGGAGAGCAGUCCGUCGCUCGGCUAG